GGAUCCUAUAGCUAACAACAGUGCUACUCUCUCUCUCUGGAAUUCUUAGGACGGACACCAAUAGACGCUCAGGUCGCACGUUGCUAGCUAUAGCUAGUUGAUUAAUCAUGAUGAGCCGAUUGCUGAUGAAGCGAAGCAAGAGUAAUAAUGGAUCUUCAGCGGUGGUUUCCAAGUUUCCUGCCGGCGGCGAGGAGGAGCAAUGGGGAGAAAUCAAGUGCCCCAUAUGCAUGGAACACCCUCACAACGCAGUUUUAUUGCGGUGCUCGUCCCGCAACAAUGGAUGCCGGCCUUUCAUUUGCAACACAAGCUACCGCCACUCCAAUUGCCUCGACCAAUACCUUGGCACCUCCAACCCAUCACCAUCCAACAACAACAACAACAACAACAACUUGGCCUGGGAGGAUGAUGGUGACCUAGAAGAAGAUAUGGUCAUCGCCGACGGGGACUACAGGCACGAGCUGACAUGCCCUCUGUGUCGGGGAUCGGUCUCUGGUUGGGAGGUGGUGGAGCCCGUCCGCCGCUACUUGAACACUAAGCCAAGGGAGUGCUCCACUGAAGAUUGUGGCUUUGUAGGCAGCUAUUCUGAACUUAGGAACCACGCCCGGUCUGACCAUCCUUUGAUCAGGCCGGCCCAGGCCCAGCCUGAAAGACAGCAGGCGUGGGCCCAGAUGGAACAGGAAGAGGAGGAGGAGGAAUUGAUACAGAGUUCGGAUGAUUCCAGCGAUGGUACUGGGAAUAACCUUAUGGUUAAUGUACGCGUGACAUUGCCAGAUGAAGAAGUUGUCGAGCUUCAAAUUGAGAUUCCGUGGGCGCUCUUGCCCCAACAGAGUCACGACAAUCGAGCAGACCACGUCGAAGAUAACCAGGCUCUGCCUGCUAUGGCCCAGCAAGCAACUACACAGAGCUACUAUGAUCAAACAUACCACACUGGUAAUGUAACUAAUGACAUUAGCAUUGAUGGAUAUGAAAGCAUGCAUGAAGAUAACCAGGCUCAGCCUGCGAUGGUCCAGCAAGAAGCUCAUCAGACUUGGAAUGACGAACACCGUCAGAAUCAAAAUUUUGAAAGAGAUCUCAACACAAGACAAGAUGUCGACUUUUCCUGGGGUAGGAAUCGUUCUAAUAACGCAUUAUUCCAAACAAGGAAUAGAUAUGGAGGUAUGUAUGGGGAUAACCAAGCUUCGCGAACUACUUUCCAUCCUAAAGUUUGCUGGAAUGGCAGGCAACACUGCAAUCAAAAUUUUGGAACAGAUCACAACAGGAUGCAAGAUGUUGAUUUUUCUUGGGGGAGGAAUCGCUCAAAUAGCACAUUGUUCCAGACAAGCAACAACAUGUGUGGAGAUAACCAGACUUGGCCGACCAUGGUCCAUCCUGAAGUUUGCUGGAAUGACGAAUGUUGGAAUCAUCAAAAUUUUGAAAGAAAUGUCAAUGUGAGACGAGAUGCCAACUCGUCUGGGGUUAGGAAUUCGUCUACUGGAGCAUUAUUUCGAACGAGGAAUAGCUAUGGGGGCAUGUAUGGAGAGAACCAAACUCGGCCAAUUGUGACCAGGCCUAGAGUUCAUCGAAAUGCCAGGCGACGCAGGAAUCAAAAUUUUGGAAGAUAUCUCAAUGUGAGACAAGAUGCCAAUUUAUAUAGGAGCAAGAAUUGCUCAAGUAGACCACUAUUCCGAACAAGGAAUAGAUACAUCAAUGAAAUCCAAAUGCAUGAAGUUGGCUUAGCUAGCAAUGUUUGGUGGAUGCCCUAGCAAAGUAAAAAUAGAUAGACUCUAGUUGAUGUCAUAACUUUUUAUUUUAUUUGGUUUAGUCGAAAGUCUUUAGGUGCCUCGUGGAUUUUUUCAUACGUAUCAUCGAAAUUAUAUUUGAGAAUAAAAGUGUAUGCUUCAAUAGAUUAUCUUAUGUGUCUUGUGGUAUUAUGAAUUGCAUGCUUUUUGAAUUAGAGGAGAAAAGACCACUAUUAACUAUUAAAAUUGGAUUGGAAAAUUUUGAAUAGUAAAAGCGCCAAAAGAUAAUAUUACCAAUAGUCCAAUACCAUGACUUAGAACUAUAUAGAUGAUGUUAAAUAGCACAUUGUCCAAGACAAGGAAUAACAUGUAUGGACAUAACCAGAUCGACUUGGUCGACCACUCUCCAUCCUAGAGUUUGCUAAAAUGACGGGCAUUCGAAUCAAAAUUUUGAAAGAAAUCCUAAUGUGAGAUGAGAUGCUAAGAUGUCAAUUUCUCUACUAGCAAGAAUUGCUUAAUAGAGUAGUAUUUCGAACAAGGAAUAUAUACAUCAAUGAAAUCCAAAUGCAUGAAUUUGGCUUAGCUACCUUCUGUUUGGUGGCUGCCCUAGUAAUACAAAAAUAGAUAGAAUCUUUAAUGUCAACUUUUUUUUUUAUUUUAUUUGGUUCAGUCAAAGGUCUUUAGAUGCCUCUUAGACUUAUCCAUUUAUGUAUGGUCGAAAUCAUAUUUGAGAAUAAAAGCAUGGAAUAUUUUGAAUUAAAUGCUCUUUGGUUCAAAAGAGAAAAAGACCAGCGUUACUAAAAUCAUAUUGGAAAAAGUUGAAAGGUAAAAGCGCAAAAAAAAAAAACAAAAAUUGUUACCAUGACUUAGACCUCUCUAGAUGAUGUUGAAAGAAGUGUGUAAAUUAAGUUAUUUCACUCGUACAAUAUAUAAAGUGAGUAAGUGUUCUUGUUGUAUGUUGGAUCUCUUCUUUAAUGUGUGGAUUGUAUUAUUAGGUGGACUUGAAUUUGUAAGCAUUAUUUUGCACAACUUGCACACGUUGCCAAUGUUGUAUAAGUUGUCUAGGUUGGUUUGUCAUGUUUCACAUCACCAUAUCUCGAUUUCGUCACACUUUAUUAUAGAUAUGGAUUUGGCCUUUUUGGUACAAACUCGGAAAAUGUUGCUGUUUCGUAUCAUGUUCGUAUCACAAAUUUGCCGACUCUAGAGGUUAAUUAUUGUUGAGCAGAGAUCAUUCUGGCCAUGUUUGUAGAACUUCAUCUCGGUGAUGUUGCAUCUCAUUUUUCUUAGAAAAGGUGGAAACCCUAUCACCUAAUUAAACUGAUCGAAGAAUAUAAAAGAGAGGCCAGCUGGCAUAAGACAAUAUCCUGCCGGCGCCCGGCACGGCAACAAAUGGUCUAGCUCUAGAUCGAGCUGCCUCAAUCAUCGAAGCGGAGGCCGAACUCUCCCCGCCGGACAGCCGCCGCAAGUGGGGAGAGGGAGAUGUGAGGAGAGUUUAUUGGCCUAGUUGUUAGGGUUUUGGCGUUCCUUAGGGUUCUCUUUGUUUGUUUGAAUCGUACUGCGGGGGAGUUUUGGCCGGUCCGGCGGACGAAAACGGUGCAGAGAAUCGUGCGGACGGGUCGUAUAUGUAGAUGAUAAUAUCUGGUUAGUUUAGAUAGGGGAUUUGGACGUGACUGAGGUAUCUCGAUAUGACAUAUAUAUAUAUAUAUAUAUAAGCGUGAUUUUUAGGGUUCGGUUGGAGAACAAGAUUUGAAUCAUGGAUUUAUUGAAUUCAUAGAUUUAGCAAAAUAUUAUGGGGUUAUGUGAUUGAUGGAUUUGGUGAUUGAUUUGGAUCCACAAUGAGCUUCGCCUAAGAUCCGUUGUUUGCUUCAAGUAUUUAGAUGUAAUAAAUUCGUUGGACUCAU